GAGGAGAAAAACUUGAGCACCAAUGGCAAUUGCCUUGGUAAAAAUUUCUACUUACAAAUCAUACGCACAAAGAAAGGAAGGCUGGAUUUGAGUAGAAGCCUCUGUUUGCCGUAUCUUCAAGCGUCGUGCAUGCAACUCUCUCUCCUCACUAUGCUUCAUGAAGUUUCAAUCGCCGGCGAAUCCCUAAUCCGGCGAACCCACAUCACAUCAGCAACAACCACAACUCAACAACAAACUACCAUUCAAACUUGUUCCUUCAAUUACUCUACCACAAGUCAGAACCAUACUGCGAAGAUGGUUAGGGCUUUUCUGUAACUGAUGUUUAUGGAUGGAGCCUGAAGUAUGCAUGAAUGGAUUAUGCGGGGCUCUAUUAGCAGCAGAAGGUGAUUAUAAGAAGGGUUGGGCUUUGCGAUCUGGUGGUUUUGCAAAUCUUUGUGAUAAGUGCGGUAGUGCAUAUGAGCAACUAGCUUUCUGUGAAGUGUUCCACCUAGAUGACACUGGUUGGAGGGAGUGCACUUCUUGUGGCAGACGACUCCAUUGUGGAUGUAUCGCUUCCAGCGCUUUCCUUGAAUUACUCGACAAUGGUGGUGUAAGUUGUAUCAGCUGCUCAAGUACUCUGGGGCAUAAUCCUAAGACUAGAGAGGAGAAGACCAAAGAAACUGGCAUUUCGGUAGAAAAUAGUGUUGGAGAAACACGAUCAUCCUCUAUUGAUAAUCAUGUAAAUGUUGGCAACUUGAAUAAGAUAAUGUUGACAAAAUUGAAUGAUGGUGAAGAAUUAUUGAUUCCAUCUGAGAAUGCUGUUGCAUCUACCUCUCAAAUGAAGCUAGAAGAAUACGGAACCACGCCCAUGUCUCUGAAUGGAACUUCUGAAUCUCCCCAUGCAGCGGGAAUUAUCAAAUAUAGAGAAAGUACAGGACUUAAAGAUGUAUAUGGAUCACUUGUCCAAACGAACUUAACCAUUGGCUUGUCGGCUGCCCCUGGGAAGCCAGUUUUAUGUCCUAGUACAGCUGUUGAAGAAACGGAAUUGAACAAAACUUUUUCUUCCUUCCAACAGGGGACAUGGUCUCGUCAUCUUUUGCCCAAAGUGCCAAAAUCCAUCCUUCCUCAAGGAUUUAAUGCAAAUCCUGGUAUGAGUUCACAGAUAAGGGUUGCAAGGCCACCUGUUGAGGGGAGGGUUAAAAAUCAGUUGCUUCCUCGUUAUUGGCCCAGGAUUACAGAACAAGAGCUGCAACAAAUAUCUGGAGACUCAAAUGCGACCAUUGUGCCAUUAUUUGAAAAGGUUCUUAGUGCCAGUGAUGCUGGUCGAAUUGGUCGCUUGGUUCUCCCAAAAGCAUGUGCUGAAGCAUAUUUUCCACCCAUAUCUCAACCUGAGGGGCUCCCUCUGAGAAUUCAGGAUGUGAAGGGCAAAGAAUGGCUGUUUCAGUUCAGAUUUUGGCCAAAUAAUAACAGCCGGAUGUAUGUAUUAGAGGGUGUUACCCCAUGCAUACAGUCGAUGCAGUUACAGGCUGGGGAUACUGUGACAUUCAGCCGAAUGGAACCUGAAGGAAAACUUCUUAUGGGCUUCCGGAAGGCCUCAACUAGUACCUCUUUGCAGUUGAUGAAAGGAAGCACAUAUUCCCAUCUAAGUGAGUUCUCAAGAAAUGUAAAUCUGCCUAAUGGGGAUGUUGGUUGGCACACAAAUGAGCAGCUUGGAAGCAAGUUAAUGGCUGGCUCAUUUCCACCAUCAGAGAAAAAAAGAAGUCGAAAUAUUGGGUCAAAAAGUAAAAGGUUGCUCAUUGAAAGCCAAGAUGCUCUGGAGAUAAAACAUACAUGGGAAGAAUCACAAGAUAUGCUCUUCCCAUCCCCUCUUCAGAAGCCAAGCGUUGUUACUAUAGAGGACAAUGAAUUUGAAGAAUACGAAGAACCUCCUGUUUUUGGCAAGGGGAGUAUAUUCACAGUUUGCUCAUCUGGCGAGCAAGAACAAUGGACUGAGUGUGAUAAUUGUUCCAAAUGGCGAAGGUUGCCAGCAUAUUUUCUUCUCCCCCCUAGAUGGACAUGCCAAGAUAAUGUAUGGGACCAGAGCAGGGCUGCCUGUCUUGCACCAGAUGAACUAGGCCCUAGAGAACUUGAGAACCUUCUUAGAAUGGCCAAAGACUUUCAUAGGAGGAAAAGUUCUGUGAGCCACAAGCCAGAACAAAAUCAGGGAUAUAGCGGCAUAGAUGCCCAAACACCUUCCACCGCCGAGCCAUCAGCUGCAAUCACCACCAAGCACCCAAGGCACCGCCCUGGGUGCUCCUGCAUCGUCUGCAUUCAACCUCCUAGCGGCAAAGGCAAACACAACCCAACUUGCACUUGCAACGUAUGCAUGACAGUCAAACGCCGCUUCAAAACAUUAAUGCUGCGCAAGAAAAAACGUCAAUCGGAGCACGAAGCCAAAAUUGCUGAGAAAAAUCAGCUGACAUGUGGGCCCCCCAAGGAAGACGUAGAAGUUUCUAUAAGUGUAACACCUCAUAACCAACUGUGCUACACUCUCGGGCACAAAGAGGUGGAAGUCGGAUUUCUGGAUAAUGAAUCAAGUUUAUUAGGCAGUGAAAGUACCAGCAAAGGACACUUGGACUUAAAUAUCCAUCCUCAUCGUGAAGAACGUGAUCGUGCGAAUGGUGAAACUCGUGUAAGCAUGAUGAGUCUUCUCCAAGUGGCAAAUUUGCCUUUGGAGACGUAUCUGAAGCAAAAUGGUCUUACGAGCUUAAUCUCUGAGCAACAAGCUAGUUCCGGUUCACAAACAUUGCCUCAAGAAACGGGAGAAACUGGAGGUGGAGAUGAAGAAGAAGAUGAUAGACUGGGUGACGGUGAUGAGCUCCAAGAACCCGAUGAUAUCCAAGAAACUCGUUCGUAAACCUUAUUUUCAUAAUGGAAUUACAUUCUCUUUGAUUUUGGGGUAGAAAUCAGGUCUGCAUACAUCAUACUCCGUGGACCCCACCUUUUGGUGAGAUAUACGCGGCUCAAAUGGGUUAUUUGGUGAGCAGAAUUUGGGAUAGAAAUCAGGUCUGUAUACAUCAUAAUUUUUGGACCCCACCUCCAGGUGGGAUAUACCGGGAUUCAUUUGGUUUUUUUUUUUGGUAUGCAGACCACUGGGUAUGGUCAGAACUCUGAUCGUGUAGGAAUGGAACAUACUACCUUUUUUGUGAUUUCGUUUUUUGAGUUUUAUCUCUAGUGUCUUUAUAUGUAUGUUGUACAAUCGAAAAUUGAUAUCAAACAGAAUAAAACAUGGCGUCGACGACUCUUUUA